AGACAAGAGUCUGCAGUUUGGAGGAUUUCAGCUGCAUUCUGAACCCAGUACACCCACACAGUACAGCGUGGUUCGGACUGUACGAACACAGGGCCUUUUUAGCUACCGUGAGGAUUACCGACCCUCCAGCGGGCCGUCCAGUCCACAGCCUGAGCCCUGGCUGGUGGAGCCCGCUCAUGAAGCAGCCGAGUCCGGCCGUGUGUCACCACUCCGCCGCGACGGCAGUUGGUUCAUGCAGCUUCUGCACAGCGAGACCAAAAGGAUGGAGGGAUGGUGCAAAGACAUGGAACGUGAGGCGGAGGAGCACGACCUGUCAGAGGAGAUUCUUGGGAAGAUCCGGAGUGCUGUAGGCAGUGCUCAGCUCCUCAUGUCCCAGAAAUUCCAGCAAUUUUACUGGUUGUGUCAGCAAAAUCUGGACCCCAGCGCUAUGCCCCGCCCCACGGCUCAGGACCUGGCUGGGUUCUGGGAUCUCCUGCAGCUCUCCAUUGAGGAUGUCACUGCCAAAUUUGAUGAGCUACAACAAAUCAAGAGUAAUGAGUGGAGGAUAGUGGAGAGUCCAGAGAAGAAGGAAAGAAAAUGGCCACCUCCUGUUACAAAGAGGCCUCCUAAAAGUCGUGGAGCCGUCAUGCGUGAGCGAUCCCUGGACCUGCAGGACCGACAGAGGCAAGAGGCCCGCCGCAGGCUCCUGGCUGCAAAACGGGCUGCUUCUUUCCGUCAGAGCUCAGCUACAGAGCGGGCCGACAGCAUAGAGAUCUACAUCCCUGAAGCCCAAACCCGUUUAUGAA